AUGCCUAACCAAUGGAAACCUACGCCACCGUUGGACGUAAUUGAGCCACACAUCCUUCGCCUUUGGAAGGCACGCCAGACCGAUAGGCAAAUUGUCGCGGAAUUGCAAAAACAUUUCGAUACAUCAUGCUAUGGUCUCGGGCUUACAAAAUUUCUCAAGAUUCGUGAAGGCAUGGGUCUUCGAAGAACGCGCCAGCAAAAUCAUAACAUUGAGACUAUCCAUGACGCUAUGACUCAUUUACGUCCGAUGUAUCCAAAUGCCGGAGCGCGUGAAGUUGUAAGCUUGCUAUUUCAUGAAUGGAACAUGAGUGUACCCAGGAGUAUUGUGAUAUCCUAUUUCCGUACAUACGAACCAGAGCUCGUUCGCCAGUGGAAGGCCAAUCGCCUUCGCAGGAAGCGAUUUUGGGCUGCAGGUGUGAAUGAUUUAUUUGCCGUUGACCAACACGACAAGUGGCUAAGGUACGGUCUUGGCCUCCAUACUGGCAUCGAGCCAUUCUCAGGGCGCAUUAUGUGGAUGAGAGUCUGGCACUCGAACCGGAACCCACAGCUGAUCCUUAGUUAUUAUCUUGACACACUCGGGACACUAGGGCACAUGCCUAUGGUGACCCAGAGCAACCCUGGGUCUGAAAACUAUGGAAUCGCUAACGCUCACACUAUGCUACGUCAGUGGCACGAUCCUGCCUUGCAGGGUAGCCUACAACACCACUGGAUGAGGACGAAGAAAAACGUUAUGCCGGAGAUAACGUGGUCACAGAUGCGGCGUUGUUUCACGCCUGGAUUCGAGACACUUCUCAACCAUGGUGUCACUUCCGGUUGGUAUGAUACCAACAACACUCUCCAACAUCAGCAAACCCAGGGUCCUCUGUACAACCCUGGACAGUGCUGGACAGAGCCACAGAGCCCACAGAGAGGGUUCUCUCUGUGCAGCUCUGUACAGAGUCGUACAGUGUAA